GCCCUCCAUGUUUAGGGGAAGUUGAGUGUUAAACUGACAGCAGCAACAUGUGACGUUCAAUAGAUCAAAGACAUGUAGACGAUCAAUAGAUUUUUGCGUAAUUAACGCGUUCGCUUCGAAAGCAAAGAUUUGUUGAAACAGAGUGGGACCUGUAAAGUUUGUAGGUGAAUGGUUCGUGUAACACCGAACUACACAGCGGUCUGUUCUCCGGGAGACAAGUGGGCUGGUUUGGGUAAAGCGUGUAUCGGAAUUAGUUUCCACCGAGUUGUUUUUGGACUGCUUUUGCGUUUCUUUCUAACAUGAGGAAACCGGUGGACAGAGGCUUUUAGGAUUGUUCUUCGGCGACUCAGCCCUUCUCGGACCUCCGUCGGCGGGCGAGAGUCCGCGGCAUCGUCCGUUACAGGACUAUCAGAAUGAUAAAGCCCAAAGUGGGUCGGAUGUUUCUGGCGACAUGCAUCGGGUCGUUUUUCAUUCUUAUAUUAUACUUCCAGAACAUCUCAAGAUCAGCUUCUGAACAGAUUUCGGGCCAGAGCAGUUUCUUAGUUAAAUCAGGAAGAAGUCCACUGCAGACACUACAAGAAAAUGACCAGCUGGAGCAGUCUGCAGUGCAGGCCACUCUGCAGGGUCGAAGGGAACUCCUGGAGGAAACCUGUCACUCACACACCCGCAAACGGCGCGUGCUCAGCCCGGAGGACCUCCGCCACCUCAUAGUGGACGAUAAACACAAGUUACUGUAUUGCUACGUCCCCAAAGUGGCAUGCACGAACUGGAAGCGUGUGUUGAUGGUGUUAACGGGAGAUGGGCGCUAUCGCGAACCACUGGCGAUUCCAGCCAACGAGGCUCAUGUAGCGGGCAACCUACGUUCGCUCUCGGAGUAUUCCACGGCAGAAAUCAACAAGCGCCUUCGCACAUAUCUGAAGUUCGUCUUUGUGCGGGAACCCUUUGAGAGACUCGUCUCGGCAUAUCGCAACAAGUUCACCCGUAGCUACAACACGGCCUUCCAUAAACGCUACGGGACCAAAAUCAUCCGGAGGCAUCGUGCGGAUCCCCAGGCUGAGGCACUGGAAAAAGGCAACGAUGUUUCCUUUGAGGAAUUUGUGUAUUAUUUAGUAGACCCCCAGACUCAGAGAGAGGAGCCGUUUAAUGAGCAUUGGGAACGGGUGCAUUCGCUUUGCCACCCUUGCCUGAUUCAUUACGACGUGGUGGGCAAGUACGAAACUCUCGAGCAAGAUUCGCGCUACAUCCUGAAGUUAGCAGGCGCCGAAGGAGAGGUCAAGUUCCCGGUUAUGUCCAAGAGCACCAGGACCACGGGCGACAUGGCCGCCAAGUUCUUCGACAACAUCAGUCCGUUUUACCAGAAGAAACUCUUUAAUCUUUACCGAAUGGACUUCUUGCUUUUUAACUACUCUGUGCCAGCAUACUUGAAGCUGAGAUGAAGGUUUCAGCAAGCUUCAACUGAUCCUAAACCUUGCGCACUAACAUUUAAAAUUUCGCAAGUGGAUCGCCUGAGGGACCCUGCUGAGGAUGCGCCAUCGCCCUCGCUCCCUCAAGGUGAAAUUCAGCACUGGGAACAGAUUUGUGCUGGCUGGGGUGUUGCAUCCCGCCUCGAAAGUUCACAAAAUACUGUCUGUAAUUCCUUUGGCUUUUGGUAACUUUCGAGCGAGGUUCAAGUAUGUGCCUUUGUCCUUCUGAAUGUUGAUAAGUGAAGCGGGAUUCUUCAUCAACGGACAAAUGCUAUGAAUGUUUCAUAGCAUUUCAUCGCCUUUAAUCUUCACCACCUGAAAUGAUAUUUAUGGUAUUGUUUACGUAGCAUAUUUAUUGCGGAUUUCGCUCUUGAACUGGAACCAGCAAAGCCUUGACGUUAAUCUCAAAGAGAUUCCUUGAAGCUGAUCUCAAAUCCUCCUUUUCAACAUUCCCUGGAUAUGAUUUCAGACCUUAACCUUACGCCCAAUCAGAAAGGGUAGUUUCCAAGUCUAAAGGUAACAACCGUCAAGUGUUUCAAGCAGAUAGUUGGAGGUAGUCAAGGGUAAGGGAUGAAUUUAGACUUCUUUUGCAUUCGCAAACUGGACCGGUUUGGCUGCUCUGGAAAGAAAUGGUGUUCUCACAGAGUCACCCAUUUAUUUAGCAUGCAACAGGCUGGGUAAACAGAGCAUAGCUGUGGUUGGGGAAAGGUAGACCCUCAUCAGUGCAGCUCUUGUUGGGCUAUGGAUGCGGGGUGAGGUGCAAACUACACACUGGGCAUUGCAGGUCAAACAUCAGCAUGAUCCUGGGAGGAAACACUCGUCUUAUGAAUUUGAAAUAAGGGGUGAAGUGCAAUAAAGGUUUGUAGAGAGGUGUUAGGAUCCCUUAGAACUCUUCAAGUGAGAGAAAAUCAAUCCCUUCAACAUCUUAGUAGUUUUCAUGACUGUGUGCAAUGUUUUCAGACCCUUAAAGAAUUAGUUCACUUCCAGAACUUUACAGAUAAUUUACUCAACCCCUUGUCAUCCAGGAUAUUCAUGUCUGUCAUUCUUCAGUUGUAAGGAAUUGUUUUUUGAGGAAAACAUUUCAGGAUUUCUCUCCAUAUAGUGGACUUGCCUGAGAGUUUGAACUUCCAAAAUACAGUUUAAAGCAGCUUCAAAGAGCUCUAAACGAUCCCAGCCGAGGAAGACGGGUCUCAUCUAACGAAAUGAUUGGUUAUUUUCUAAAAGAAAUUACAAUUUGUACACUUUAACCACAAACGCUCAUCUUAUCUAGCUCUGUGAUGCACAGGCAUACUCUGUGCACUCCUGUUCAAGACAGUUAGGUUAGGGUUUGUUGAAAAACGUUCAUUUUCAACUUCAAAAUCGCUCUACAUCUCUUUUUUUUUUUUUUGUAAAGGGCAUUUGACCUUCUUUACACGUUUACUUUGUAAACACUCGUCGGUAUUCAGGGAUGUAGGACAAUUUUGAAAUUGGAAGGGAAAAUGAGAUACGACAUGCCCUAACUGCAUUGAGACAGAGAGUAAUUUCUGUAUUUUUUAUUUUUUUUUUUAAAGAAAAUAACUGAUCGUUUUACUAAAUAAGACCCUUCUUCCUUGGCUGGGGUCAUUUAGAGCUCUUUGAAGCUGCUUUAAACUGCAUUUUGGAAGUUCAAACUCGCAGGCACCAUUGAAGUCCACUAUAUGGCGAAAAUUUCUAAAAUGUUUUCCUCAAAAAACAAUUUCUUUAUGACUAAAGAAAGAUGUGAACAUCUUGGAUGACAAGGGGGUGAGUACAUGACCUGUAAAGUUUUGUUCUGGAGGUGGACCAAUCACUUAAUAAUUUAGGGUAUUUCAUCUCAUCUCCAAAAAACAGGCUAAUGACUUAUUUUUAUGGUUGAAAUGAUGGUGAAACUUUUAGAGGAAGGGUGAGAAUAAGGCGUCUGACUAAUACCUGGCCGACAGGCAGACAUGUCCUGGUGCACAGUGGGUACCUUGUGUGCCACAUUGCAUAACAAACCCUACAAAAUUGCUCUUGGAAAUGUUUUGUUGGAAAAUAUUUUCUAUCUAGCUAGUUAGGCUCGAUUUCAGAGUGCUGGAAUCUUACAGAGUUUCGUAAAGGCAAAGGAGUUUAUAAUACAGUGGGCAUCGUUUGAAGAGGAACGUCUUGAUUUGAAAAUUACAGGAGCAGUCUUAUGUCAAAGUAUGAAUGUAUUGUAAGAGGUGGAUUCAUAUGAGAAAAUGUGAGUGUGGGAAAGCUUUUCACUAUAUGAGCUGUUGAGUGUGUGGUAACUGUGGGCCAUUAGUGAUGUAACUAACAGUUUGCACCUGUUUUGAAAGCUUGUGGCCAUACAUGUGCUGCAAAACUGUGAAUGCCAAUGUGCACUAGACAGUAUGGAAUCUUGCUUUGAAGGGUAAAUAAACUUUUCAAUUUUUUCUUU